UUAGAUAAGCAUAAAAGGUCGGUGGUCGAGGUUGCAUGUAUCGGUGCAGACACUCCGAUACCCAAGACGCCGCUUUAUCAGCUUAACAAUUACACAAGUCGUCAGUGAGAUUUCGUCGAGUUAGGAAAGAAUUGCGUAGCGAAUUAAAGAUCGUAACGGGCAACAGUCGCCGGACAAUUUUUCGCACGCCAAGAACAUGGGAAUCGAUCGACGGGAAUUAAUUUACGAUCGGUUUAUGGGGGUCCUCGGGGAUCCGUAGGCCUCUCGGUGCCCCGCGAGUGUUUCGAAAGUUUUGAUUUUUUUUUUUUUCUCUCCUUUCCGUUGUAUAAAUUGCGACCUCGUCGUAUUCACUCGUCGUAACCGUUGCCCUCUUCCCCCCCUCUGUGAAACUGUGACGCAGUCCUCUCUCUUUUUCACGCGCUUCGCAUUCCCGGUCGUUUCCACUUCUUUUCGACUAGUCUGCCGUUCGACGCGUCCUGAACAACAGUUUUAUCGGUCGUCGCGAGGCUGUCUGAUCGACGGCGCGUCUAUUUCACUGCCGAUUUCUUCGUGCCUCGUAAAGCGCACCUGCUCGCCCCGGCGCGUAACUGUUGCAUACCGAUCGAAACUACCCUUUCGAAGCUCACCCGUUGCAUCGAUUACAUCGUCGUAUUCGUCUUCGACUCGGUUCUUGGUCUCGAGCAGGAGUGGGAGGCGUUCCAGCUCCGUUUAGUCGCGAUCGCGAAAUUCCCGCGAUGAAUCCAGCGAUUAUGCGGUAGGAAAUUGCACCGGAGAGGAUAGCAAAUGGAUAUAGAAACUGUUUCUCGAACAUACUAGGAGAGGAGGACCGCGGAGUAGCGUUCUCCAGUGCAUCGGAGUGCGUGCGUGCGCGUGUGUGCGUGUAUACACCUCCGACGCCUAGCAGCACCACUGUACAUCGUUGGUAUUUUUCGUCCGUGUGGUCACGUAUAUGCCGGAACGUUGUGCGUAGCAGCCCAUCGAGAGUCCUCUCGGUAACAUGGGAGUUCUUUUGGUCUCUGAUGGCACAGCGGCGGUCCAACCUUGUAUGAAUUUGAACGCGGUUAAAGCUGCGGGUGCGCAGCGCGCGAUCGACGCCGGCAACGAGACGAACAACAAUGUAAACGGGCUCAGAGACGCGAAUAGUCUGAUGCCGACGCAGGUCGUCGGUAUAAUUGACGUGGUCGUCAACGACGAGCCGGUACGCAGCUGGAUGCCGCCCCCGCCCAAGAAAAAAUGGAUACGGCAUUAUUUGCUCGGUUCAUUUUAUUUUUCAGAAGAGGAGCCGCUGGAAAAUAAUAGGACGAACGGGAAUCACUCGGCAGGUUCACGAGGAAGUCCCGUGAUCUCGAGCACGCGUGUAACGCCACCCUCGGCGAGCGCGAAUCCAGGCCAUCUGACCGCCCUCCACUCCACGUCGCACCAUCAUCUCUCUAUUCACCAGCAACAGCAGCAACAACAGCCGCCGCAGCAACAGCAGCCACAUCACCACCACCACCAUCAUCACAACAAUCACAACAGCACGCAUAAUCCUUACGUGGAAAAUCACAAUUCGAAUCAUUCGCAGCAGAACACCGGUAAUCUCGUCGUCGACGUUGAACCGAGCCACGAUAGUAAAAAGCAUCGAAACGGACCGUGCACAAUUCGAUCCGGCACUAGAGAAGUGCACAAUAAAUUGGAGAAAAAUCGAAGGGCGCACUUGAAGGAAUGCUUUGAGCUACUAAAGAGGCAGCUACCGUCGCAGGAUGAGAAAAAGUCUUCGAACCUUUCCAUUCUACACGCCGCGAACAGGCAUAUACAGACGUUGAGGAGGAAGGAACGGGACUACGAGCACGAAAUGGAAAGGCUCGCGAGGGAAAAGAUCGCCGCUCAUCAGAAAUUAUUAGCUUUGAAAAAAGAGCUCGCGGCUACCUGGGAUCACAUUGAUUUUAAUACUCUUUUGCCGGAACAGAAUUCUGCUGUCGAUGCAAUAGCUACGAAAAGUGUUUCAGAAAGUAUGGAAGUAGACGUGACUGGGCUCGCUCGAGGAGGCACGAGGUACAGUAGUACCAGUAGUCUGAGUAGCGCGGCCACAGCCAGUUCACCACAAACACUUCAAACCACCAGCACGACUUCCAAUAUUCAUAAUCAAGUUGCGACCGCGGCUGUUGUUUGUCAAACGCAGGGUCUGAACCUCGCGCAAAGUUCUAGGGAAAGUCCACCUGCAAGUUCAAGCCCUGGAACGCCCACGCCUAGCAUUCCUACUCCGGCACAGGAGAAAGUUAACACGUCGUCGACCGGUAUGGUGCAGCAACAGCAUCAACUGCACCUGCCCAUAAGUGCUCAGAUGUUGAACACGAAUCAAGGUUUGGCGACGAUCGUCCCCACCCUUCAGCACAUCGGGCCAAGCUUGAGGGUGAUACCUGGCGACACGAGGCAGCUUCUGGUCACUCACACCACCGGGAACAACGAGUCUAGACCGUUAACGUUAGCCGUGCAAAAUUCUUCGGAUCAAUCGAGGCCACUGAUCGCUGUGCAAUCGAACACUGGAAGUGAGCCAAGGCCCGUGGCGCUGGUCGUUCACUCGUCCACGGCCAACGACAACAGGGUAACGUUCGUGCAUUCUAAUCUGUCCAACAACGAUAGGCCGUUGGCCCUAGCCGUGCAGUCGUCGGCCAGUGACGUCAGGCCAGUUACAUUUGUGCACUCGGCGAACGAGGGAAGGCCGUUAGUUCUCGCAGCGCAUUCUCCUGCACUGAACGUGUCGACGAUUCUGAAUUGUGUUACAGACGCUCAAACGAGGAUAAGAGCGGGUGACACGCAGACCACGCAUAAAAUGGUCGGCGGUGUGACACUGGUCGGCGGAAAUGGAUCGGAGCUGACUAGACUUCCGGGUGGCGCUGAAUUGAACAUACUUCCGGCAAAUGGCUUGACGCUAAGCCACGCAGGUGUGUCGCUCCAGACUGCAACGGGCAAACCUGGCUCGACCGUGAUGCAGAACGCUCCGUCCACAGAAGGUAUAGCUCACAUAGUCGGUCCACACACGCCUCUGUCCGGUUUGACGCCUAUCGUCACGCCUAUGACGGUCGUCUCGCAAGGGAAUCAGGUGACCGCUCACAUUCUGGCGCCCUCCAGCCUCGCGGGUAAGAUGAUCACGACCCCGAUUCUGAAGUCCGUGGCGCAGAUGCCAAUCGUGAACGCUCAGUAUAUCAAUACCACGACCCUGGUGAAGCCGGUGGUCGUCGUCAGUUCCCCGUCAACAUCCGCGCCACAGUCGACGGCGGCUUCCAGCACGCAACCUUCCUCGACCACGCACUCGACCGUCUGACAGAAUCAAAGGAAAGUGAAAUUAGUUUGAGAAACGGCUAGGUCGUAUCGGUGCAUCGAAGCAUGGAGCGACGAAGAUCGCGGCAGACCGACGUUUGGAUCCACGUUUCGCUGUUGUUUGACACCAUUGACGCGCGUCGGGCCGACGACUGGGCACGAUGACGUGAAGUCGAACGGUCGCGUCGAUGGGGACACGAUCGCAGAUGUCCCGGACGGAAGGACCACCGUGACCGUCACGAUGUCGCCGACGUUGAAGGAAAGUUUUCUAUUUUUGAACGUUGAGCUUGCGUUCCUUCGUGUUUAAAUUCGAUGUUUUUACGCUCUUCCAAAGAGUAAACCGACUGAGAGUGUGUUGGAAAUGUCGUUGCUCAACUUGCGCGAUUGCGCCUGGUACCUUGAAUACUCCGAACAAGUACUUACCCGCGCGUAAUCGAACACGGAAACAGUACGGACGCGAUGCAACGAGGCAGCUCAAGCGAAAACAGUUUUAAUAACAGACAAUCAGACACUCGUACGUGAUUAAUUGUACAGUAAGUUCUUCGCUUGCGUGGUUAGUUCCACAACUUCCCGCGCCCAAUUUUAUAAAUACCAUGUAUUGCGUAUACAAAUACGAAUCGAUGGAAGGCGGAAGCGGGGGUGGCUGAGCAAUAUUUACAACGUCCUUUUAUUCGGAACCGACCUUUCUUCCUCUAGAAUAAAUUUACCUGUGUUAUUUUCCUUUCAGAAGUCAACUCGAAUUAAGCAGAUGCGUACGGUGCCCCCUUUAUCAAAAUUCAAAAGUUCGAAAGACAUAGGCAUCUUGCUGUGAAUUUUCUUCGAGUGAAAAUUCGUCGAUAUUCACUAUCGUUUAACCGUUUGUGUGCACAGAGAUCGUUUCGAAAACCGCGACGAAAAAAUAUCAAACCUAUAGCAAUAACGGCAUCAGGGGAUCAAGUCUAAUUUGUGCAAAAUCUAUUCAGCACUCAAACGGUUAAUAAAGAAAGACUGUCGAUUGUCAGGAGAAACAUAAUCAGUAAUGUUCUUUCGCGUAACUCGAGAUCGCGUGACUGGAGGACUUACUGUAUAUUCAAAAUUUCAAUUGAUACAAGCUUUUGAAAACUAUUCGAGACCAAGAACACGACUCGUGGCAUAAUCUUGUUUGCACGAUUUUUAAAUUGCAUGACAGCAGAGUAUGAAGCUCAUUUACUAUUUCUUCGGUACCUCGUCGCAAUUGGGGAAGUUUGGCAAAGGUUACAAAAAAAAAGAAAAAAAAAAAAGAAACAAAACGACUGUUUUUAGAGUGAUGUUAAAUUAAAGAAUUUGUACGAUAAGAUUGAUUUAUAUGUUUUUGAAAUUGAUCGAAAUCUUGAAAUCGGGUGGAUGAUGAUAUAUGCCUGUGCUUUUUAAAUUAUCAUAAUAGUGGCUGUGGAGAAACGAUUAUCGAUGGACUUUGUCAUACGCCUAUGUUUACUUUCGAAAAAUUAGAUCGUAUAAAAUUGAAGUUUCGUCGUGCCGAAAACACUCGCCAAGGAACACACACGGUGUAUGUUUAUUAACGUGCUCAAGUAUUUAUUCGCUUAUAUUUAUUCUACAAACUUAAUUGAGCAUCAUAUACGUUCGUCUUGGCUUUCGAAUACCUUUUACCGGGUUAAUUUCAGUAACGCUCACACACGCGAUUAACGUUACGGGUACGUUUUCGAGGUAGUAGUUCAUUGUCCAAAAAAACAAAAGAAAAAACGAAAA